UUGAUCAGUACAUGUAUUCCAAUGAUGUCAACUCAGCAAUAUCAAAGAAAAAUGGGUGUAGAUUUGAUGACCUCUUUUAUUUUUAAUGAAAAUAGACAAAGUUUGCUUAAACCGUAGCAAAUUGUUUGUAAAAAUAUAGCUUGUUCAAAACGUACAGUGAUUUUAGGCUUAACAAAGUUCGUAUUUUCUAAGGAAAUUUGAAAAGAGUGAAUGCUAAGACUUGAAACCAUUUUUGUCUGAGUGACGAUUCUUCACCAGGAUGUAUUUUUCGAUAGGAUGGCCAAGAGUGAUAAAUUGUUCGUAUAAGAACAUUCGUAAAAUAGCUUGUGACCGGGUAAAGAUUCUUUUCACGAUUCUUACCGAUGAUACACUUGCGAUUUGGUACACAAAGCCUUGUGUUCCGAUAGCAGCAAAGGUACGGAGUCUAGAAUGUGUAGAAAAAUACGGACACAAUACUACGGUCGAAUGGAAACCGGAUUCUAGUAUGUUACUAGUGGUUACAACUAGUGGGACUUUAUUCAUGUAUACAUUGAUUGUAAGUGAUGCACCAAAAGGAGUAUACAGUCAGAAUGAUUCUCCAUUUUCUAAUCUACGGCGAGAUAGUGCCGAAUUAUUUCUAAAAGAGAUAAUACCUUCCCUGCGAUUAUCAUUGACUCACCAACUAUCGUUAUACGUGCCAAUUUCCUGCAUCUCCUGCAUAAAUGUCUCUCAGAUAAUGGUAGCUACAAAGAAUGGACGUGUUAUUCGACUUAAUUGGAAUGGUGUAGAAGAACGCGAUUAUGCCUUGGAUUUGAAACGGAUACCAUUCAGUAUCAAUCAACAGGUUAGCUACGCUGUACCAAUAUUGGAAAACCAGACGUACAUUGAGUCCAUUGAUUAUUCUCCGUUGCUAUGCGGAUUUGCAAUUACGUUAAACGAUGGAAGGGCAGCUUUUUUAACUGCAGGAAAUACAAAAUUUGAUCCUAACCAAGUGCAAGGUAUCUGGUGCCAGAACGUAGACGAUGCAACAUGUGCUGUAAUCAAUCACAAAUAUCGUUUGAUAGCGUUCGGACGACGAAAUUCGCAGACAAACAUGUAUGUCAUAGACGACAUUGCUGGAGGUUUAGAGCUGUCUCACCGUUUGGUUCUAAGUGCUAAAGAUUUUCCCGGUUCCCCGGGAUAUGUUAGUGAAAUUAAAUGGACUCCAGACGGAUGCGCAAUAAUGGUGUCCUGGAGUAACGGUGGAAUUUCUCUAUGGAGCACUUUUGGUUCUCUUCUGAUGUGCUCGCUAGGCUGGGAUUAUGGUCUACAUAUAGAUUUAUCUAAGAAUAAUCCAUUCAAUAUUAUUAGUAUGGAUUGGUCAACCGAAGGGUAUCAGUUGUUUAUGGUGCGUCAAUUAAGUGAAACAAUCCCAUCCGAAACCGAUAGUACUAAUUCAGACGGUUCGACAUCGUCGUCUUCAGCUGUAACUAUGAAUCCUACAACAUCUAUUAACAGUAGCAAAGAAAUAAAUGAGUCUGUUCAUAAAACAGCGUCGAAACCGAGCAACACUUUUAUCACAAAGACGAUGUUGAUUCAACUCGAUUUUGUAAAAAGUAUUUUAACGAUCAAUCCGUGCAUGAGUUACAACUCUUACCUUCUGUUACAAGGAGACGAUAAGCUGUAUAUCAACCAUGGAGAUGUACUACAAAAUAUAUACCAUAAUGCUAACGCGUAUUCGCCAGAUGGUGCAUAUUCUGAAAAUACGCAAUACGCUAUGUUAUCAAAGCGUGAUUUGGAUUACAUGAGAAAUGAGGAAGACAAUAAUUCAGAAAAAUAUGUACAGGUCAACAGUAUAUUGUCAGAAAGUAAACACUGGGUUGUGUUAAAUCUUCCAACGGCUUAUACGGCAUCGAACUGGCCAGUUAGAUAUAGUGCGAUAGACUUUUCGGGAACUAAUGUGGCCGUAGCUGGCCGAACAGGAGUAGCUCUCUACUCGUUCAAUACUCGAAAGUGGAAGUUGUUCGGGAAUGAAACUCAAGAGAAAGAUUUUGUAGUUACUGGUGGACUGUUAUGGUGGAAUGAAUUUGUCAUAAUGGGUUGUUAUUCACUUAUCGGAUUUCACGAUGAGUUACGGAUUUAUUCAAAAGAUAAUAAAUUGGACAAUCGUUUUGCGACUAUAACAAAAAUGAACGCUCCGGUUAUGUUAAUUAACCUUUUCAAGGAUCAACUGAUUGUUUUCACGGCUGACGGCCACGUAACAAUAUUCCUACUACUAGAGAAUGACGGCCACCAGGUAGAGUUGGAAAAAAUGCACAUUUAUGAUAUCAAAAAUGUAUGUAUUCAUCCGGCGUGUGUAAUAUCAGUGUUGAUGACAAACUUACGAAACGAAAUGGGCUCUAAAGCAAACUACGAUAACAGUCUAUCAGAAACAUUGAUUUUGAACGUUUCCGGUCGUGUUCUCAUGGUGCAAACAGACUAUAUGGGCAAUGCAACUUCUCAACUCGCAUCGACUUGCUUAGCAUCAUCGGUUGAAUGCAUCUGGGUAUCAGAUUCAAACAAAACCCAUAUCAAGGAAUCUCUUUGGUUGUAUUGUGGAGGUCAUGGAAUGCGAGUAUGGUUGCCAGUUUUUCCACGAAGUGGAGAAACAGGAGCAAGAAGUCAUAGACACACGUUUAUGAGCAAGCGGAUAAUGUUAUCAUUUGUUUUGAAAAUAUAUCCCCUGGUAAUUUUGUUCGAAGAUGCAAUCAUACUUGGGGCGGAAAAUGAUACUAUUCUCUACACAAGCGACUCAAGUUUAUAUUUUUCACUACCCUAUUGCUCUUUGAAAAGAACGAGUCAAGUGUAUCUUCAUCAGAUUCUUCGUCAGCUAAUUAGACGAAAUUUGGGCUACAAUGCUUGGGAAAUAGCGCGUUGCUGUACAAAUCUCCCUUAUUUUCCACAUUCCUUGGAGUUGUUGUUGCACGAGGUGCUUGAAGAAGAAGCGACUAGUAAAGAUCCUAUACCGGAUGCUCUCCUUCCGAGUGUGUUAGAAUUUAUUCAGGAAUUUCCAGUGUACCUCGAAACUGUUGUCCAGUGUGCUCGAAAAACAGAAAUCGCUCUGUGGCCUUAUCUUUUCUCAAGCGCUGGAAAACCAAAAGAACUUUUUCAACAAUGCAUGACUUCCAAACAGCUUCAGACGGCUGCAAGUUAUUUGAUAAUUCUUCAAAAUCUUGAGCCAUCAGCUGUGAGCCGUCAAUAUGCAACUCUGCUUCUGGAUACUGCUUUGGAGCAGAGAAAUUGGCCAUUAGCAAAAGAUUUAGUUCGUUUUCUAAGGGCAAUUGAUCCGAACGAUGUUGAAUCGCCCCGCUCCUCAUACGUGUUUGGCACUAAGUUUGGCAUGAACACAUCUGGUCCCGCCGUAUCCCCGAAUGCUGAGGACUUGAGUCUUAUAUUGGGCAGUAGCAUGACCCGCGGCAGAAGUUUUUCAACUACGGCGAAUCCAAAGUCAAACGAAGCAGUGAAUAAUGCAACUAUAGUUAAUAAGGAGAAAAACAUUAUAUUUAACAAUUCCACCGGCAGUAACGUGGAUUCCGUUCUAGUACAAAAACGAAAGAAAAGUGUGCCAAAUACUACUAAGGAAAAAGACUCAGCAAGUGCCGAAGAUUUUUUCAUCGAUGUUAUUUUGCAACGACAUGCAAGACGGUUUCUCCAGCUGAAGAAUUUGGAAGAUUUAGGUCGGAUGAGUGCUACGCUUGACUUUCACCUGGUUGGUUGGCUUACGCGUGAAAAAGAUCGAGCUGCACGAAUCGAAGAUUUCGUGUUAGCUCUCAAGACAUUGCACGAUGAGUUGGAAUGGCCCAAACCGUGCUUAGAUCUGAACUUGAUUAGAACAGGACCAAUCAGUAAUCAACCUGAAUCUCCAGCUUCGAACGUUUCGAACAAAUCGACACUCGACGUUGCUCAACGAACGGAAGACUCCGGAUACAAUAGUUUAUCAUUAAAUAGGAUACCAGAAGGAGUCAUUAUUGAAGAUACUAGCAAUACUAAUACAGUGGUUGACCCAUUGAUUGCUAUGUCAGUUGCGAAGAUAGAAGUAACAACGAAUGAAACUAAGGAUUUAUCGUUUAUUGAUACGAAGGAAGCAAACUUGUCACCAAUGAACGAUAACAUCAGUGUUAGAUCAGAUCAUGUUAUCACCAACUGGACUGAAGAUGGAUGUGGUGCUUUGAAUCUGGAAAUUGAAGACAGCUUCAAUAGAGCAUUGGAGAACAUUUCUAAGAAUAAUGGGCGCUCCGACCGAGGAAAGCAUAAGUUAGAAAUUAAGAUGCGAUAUUUGUUACAAAUCUUCACUGAAGCCAAUUGCUAUGAGUUUUCAUUAUUGUUAUCUGUCUUAUUGUUGGAUGUGGCUUCAGUUUGUCGAAUAACGAAUGCCGCGAUACGAUCAAAGUCAUUGGUAGUAUGCCGUCAAUUGAGAAAUGGGUUAAAAGAUAUGACUCGGUGGAGCUUUAAUGAGUGCUUAGGUUACAGACCGUUUAUGAUAGCCCUCCAACCGCAACUGGCUGUGCUUGACAAAUUUGUGAUUCAACAAGAAGCAAUUCCAUCCUUAACUACUGCAACCAAUACUAGUGUGCAAUAUAAGCUAGCGAAUGUGUCAAACCUGUCGGAUUUAGGAGUUAUAUCGGAGACUGGCUCAGCGUCUGUUCAUUCUGGUAACACAGAAACCAAUUCUCGUAUAAGGCAUACGAACGUUGUUCCUGAUAUAGUAGAUGGACGUGUGCGUCAUAUGCUCGAGAAAAAGAGUAGUACUGUUUUGGAAAUAAGUUACAACAAACGAGAUCGUUUGACUAGCACAGGAAGUGGGGGAAAUAACGUAACUAGCGCUAGCUCUGCUACAAGUAUUCCGAGGCAUCCAGGUGGCUUUACGCGGUCGGUUUCAGAUCUAGAGGUAGAAAAUAUUCGUAAAAUGGCUUCCGGGAAAGCCCAUGAACGAGAUUCGAUUGGUUCAUCGCCGAUUAUUGAGGAAUCAGAACGAAGCACUGGUUGUGUACUGAUGUAGAUAUAAAAAUUAAGUGAAAGUUUAGUUGAAAUUGUAUUUAUUUUUAAUUUUACUCUAGCAAACCAAGCCACUGUUCACAAUUCCACUCACGAAAUGUACUCAGAUGAAUCCAAUUAAAUGAUACUAUUUGAUCAGUUAA